AUGAAGUUCAGGUUUCUGUUUUUCUCUUUGCAGGAACAGUGCAGUGAAUUUUUGGAGAAACAAUUGAAUGCUUCGAAUUGCUUGAAAAUUCGAGCUUUUGCCGACACUUAUGCGUGUGAAGAGCUUCUACGCUGUGCUUCCGAGUUUAUCCUGCACAACUUCAAGGACGUUAUUGGCACUGACGAGUUUUAUCGGCUCCCUGGUAACCAAUUAGUUGAAGCUGAUUUCAAGUGA